GAGAAAGUGCUGAGAGUUUGUCCAUAGAAGAGGACGAAGACAAUUGUGGAGGCUGCCGAGGACCCGCUGGGCAGCAUCACUUAGCGAACUUUCUUUCCCUUGUUGUUGUUGUUGGACUCCCCCCGCAUUGUGUGACCCAUUGGUACAUGCGGUUUGUCAGUCAUUUACCAGAUAGCGAGCUCCAGCUUUGUGGGCUGGUGUCAACACAGUCGCCCCAGUACGUAGAAUGUUACCGAGCCAGGUUGGGACGGCACCACUGGGAAACGCGUCAGCAUCAGGUAGAGGUACCGUCGGGCUCGGUUCAAGCGUUGUGGCGGGCGGGAUUCGUCCCGUCUUGAUCCGAACAGGGCAAGCUUCUCUUGGGCUCAGCGAGAGUGUCGCGCGGCACGGAACCAGAGAGACCAUCGGGAUGCUGGGGACGAACGGUCCAGGGGGUCCGCGAGGUGUGAGGUCCGGGAACGGGACAGGAGUCAGCCCGCUUCAGACAGCCAUCCAGGGCAGCAUGGUGGGUUUGAACGCAGGGAUUGUGUUGCCUCACGGAGCCAGGUUUGACCCGGACAGAGAGACGGUGCCUUUAUGCAGCGGCUCGGACAAUGACUCGGACUCGGGGGAUGAUGACGAACCACUCGGGGACAACCGGAGAGGGGUGAAGCGGGAGAGAGCGGAGAUGGAAGCCGCCGUGACGGGGCAGGAGGUGGGAGUCGCUCCCGGAGGUUACGGCCUGGUUCCCGGAGGGGUUGCUGGGGCCAAGCCCGGGAAGAAGACACGUGGUCGCGUCAAGAUAAAGAUGGAAUUUAUUGACAACAAGUUGAGACGUUACACCACUUUCAGCAAGAGGAAGACUGGCAUUAUGAAGAAGGCCUAUGAGCUCUCCACCCUGACGGGAACCCAAGUUCUGCUGCUUGUGGCCAGCGAAACAGGUCACGUAUACACUUUUGCCACUCGUAAACUCCAGCCCAUGAUCACCAGUGAGACGGGCAAAGCUCUGAUCCAAACAUGCCUCAACUCGCCGGACUCACCGCCACGCUCCGACCCCUCCACUGACCAGCGCAUGAGUGCCACGGGCUUUGAGGAAACGGACCUCACCUACCAGGUGUCUGAGUCGGAGAGCAUGGGCGACACUAAGGACACGUUGAAACCAACGUUCACGGUAGCCAACCUACCUGGCAGUACCAGCAGCGCCCAGGCCACGGUGCCCACCACCUCCACCAGCAUGCAGGUGAGCAGCGGGCCCAACUUUCCCAUCACCAACUACCUGGCGCCUGUCUCCACCAGCGUCAGCGCCAACGGAACUGUCCUCAAGACCACCGGCGCAUCAACGGGGGUGAUGCAACUGCCCAGUGGUUUCACUUUCAUGCCUGCAGGCACUCCUCUACCCCCUGGCACCCCCACCAUUCCUCUGAGCCAGCUGCAGCAGCACUCCCUGACCCUCCAGGGGCAGCAUGGUCAGACUCUGGCCGCCACCCCUCAGUCUCAGCAGGGCCAGCAGGCUGUCUUCCGCUUCCCUGCUGCUGUCUCUCUCACAGGGCCGGGUGUCCCUCAGCAGCUCCAGGCCAUUCAAGUCCACCCCAACACCCAGUCCACCCCCAACAGUGAGAGCAGCCCCGAGAUGUCCCACGCCUCCACAAACUCCACAUCAACCGUGAGUCUCCCCGCAACCAUCGUCACUUCAACGGUGCCAACAUCAGUGGCGGGUCACAUGAUGUACCCCAGCCCCCACACGGUCAUGUACGCCUCCACGCCCACGCUGGCCGACGGGGGUCUCGCUGUGCUCAACGCCUUCUCCCAGGGCUCGUCGGCCAUGCAGGUGUCCCACGCACAAGCCCAAGACGCAGGUGCCGUACCGCAGGUAUUCCUCACCGCACCUUCAGGCACGGUGCAGAUCCCCGUCUCGGCGGUGCAGCUUCACCCAGUACGGCAAGAUCUGCAUUUCACAAAUGGUGAUUGGCCCACAGAGCGGCAGCAGCACUAACCUGACGGAGCUGCAGGUGGUCAACUUGGACGCGGCACAAAACUCCAAAAGUGACUGCUAAGACACGAAGAGCAUCCUUUCAUGGACUGUGUGCCAUCUUUAUUAUUUAUUUAUGAUGCCUUCCUACAAAACACAUCACACUUUUUAAACUUACAUAGAAACACACAAUCAAUUGCGUGUGUGUGUGUGUGUGUGUGUUGACUCCUUUUACAGUAUGUUUUGGUAUAAAUAAAUAUAAAUAUAUAUAUAUUCGCAAAUGCAUAGGAAGUAUAUCACUACCCGUGUCAUCAGAAUUCUAUUUUCUAUGUCGUUAGAUGGUAUUUUUGUGUGCGCGUGCCUUUUUUCUUUUUCAAUUUGUUUUGAACACAGUUGGGUGCCACAAAGUGACAUUUGUCGGAAUGUACACAAACACAUGCAUUUUGCUAAUGUAUAUAGUUUUUUUUUUUUUUAAGACAACAC